AUGGCCUCUAUGCGUAGAAACAUUAUUCGGAUCAGUUUUGUACAGAUUCCUACUCAGCUUAAAGAUUUGGUUUCCAAAGUUCCAGAUACUUCCUCCUUUAUCAGAAGACACGGUCACCUCCUUGGUUUGGUCACUUCCAAAAUGGAUGAGCAAAUGAUGAGUGUUUUGUGCCAGUUCUUUGAUCCAUUAUACCACUGCUUCACUUUCCCGGACUAUCAGUUGGUCCCUACUCUGGAGGAGUUCUAUGAUCUUCUUGGUAUUUCUAUUCUAGAGCAGAUGCCAUUUACAGGUUGGGAGAAAGCCCUUAGGCCGGAAGAGAUUGCUUCAACCCUCCAUCUGACAAAGGCUGAGGUAAUGUCUAAUUGGGACACUCGGAGUGGGACAAGAGGCUUCUUGGCUAAAUUCUUGGUUGAUCCGGCUAAUCAGUUCUGGGACAGUUUGACUUUUUCAGGCAUUCGAGGACAUCCUGGCUCUUCUCAUUUAUGGUUUGGUGUUAUUUCCUAA